AUGGACAGUACCGAUGGUGGUCUGCGGAUGUCCACCUUGGACAAGAUACAAAGUGCAGGAGUUCUCAAAGCAGCCUACCCCCUGGAACUUGUCAAAUUUCCCUUCCUUACAAAAGCCAUUGCAGGUGGCAUUUUUGGAGGAACGAGCACAACAGAGAUGUCAUUGCUUCCAUUUCAUGAUCUUUUCCCCAGUCUUGCCAAGGGCACAAUUGACACAUUGUUGACUGCUGUCGCCUAUUCCAUGGAAAGAGAUCUUGUGUGGCCAUUCUCUUUCUCUGUGCCAUUAUAUACAAUAGUUUGA